UGGUCAAAAUGAUGUGUUGUGCAUUACAGUAUUUGCAGUGAAUUUCCAUAUUUGUUUCUAAAAAAGCACGGUUCAGCAGUUACAUGCGGUUCGGGCUCCGACCAUACAUCUGCACAGAGCAAUCGGGACCGCGGUCCCAAACCGCGGAGUGAUCAAGCGAAAAUGCUGAGCGAGCUUUUUCUGUGGCUUUCGAGCGCUUGGCUACCGCAGCUUCCAUUCGGCCUUUGAGCAGCCCAGAUCAGCAGCAUCUUACUCCCGUCUCGCCCGGUAGCCAUGGCCAGCAAAUACCAGAACUUUUUCGCCGCCCUCGACUCGGAUGACGAGGACACGCCUCGCGUGAACAAGAAGGCCACGCCGCCCCCGUCGGCCCCCGUGACUCUGAACAAGCCCGCUGCUGGCAACAAGAAGUCCGGCAACAAGAAGGCCCCCGCCGCCGACAAGAAGGAGUCGCGCGGCCCGCGUGAGGGUGGCCGUGCCCCGCGUGAGCGUGGCGAGCGUGGCCGUGGCGCCCGUGGUCCUCGUCGCGAGUACGAGCGCCGCAGCGGCACUGGUCGUGGCAAGGAGGUCAACAAGCAGGGCGGUGGUGCCCGCAACUGGGGCAACAAGGCCGAUCCGAACGAGCAGAUGGCUGAGGCUGCUGCUCAGGAGGGCGCCAAGCCCGCUUCGGACGAGGAGGCCGCUGAGGAGGCCGCCGCCGAGGAGGAGGAAGAGGAGGAGGUUCAGCUCACCCUCGACGAGUACAUGGCCAAGCAGAAGUCGGCUCGCUCGGGUGAGCUCUUCGCUGAGGUCGAGGUACGCCAGGUGACCAACGAGUUUUCCAGCGCCGUUCAGAUCACCAAGGAGGGAAAGACCCCCGACUUCAUGGACUCGCAGUACGAGAAGGUGUACAGCAAGAAGACCUCUGGCCGCAAGAAACAGGUCAUCACCGACGUGGGCUUCCGUACGGAGAAGCCGGAGCGUUUCUCGCGUGACUUCGACUCGUCGCGCGGUGGACGCGGCAACCGCGGUGGCCGUGGUGCUCGUGGCAACGGCCGCACUGGUGGCCGUGGAGGCCGUGCCGCCAACGUCCCGAACGUGACGGACAUGAGCGCCUUCCCCAGCCUCGGCUAAGGGAUCGCUCUGGGACCAACCGGGAUCGCGCGCCCUUGAGCGCCAGCGACAUGAUGAGUGAGAUCUUCCAAAAGAGGGCUUCUUGAGGACUGGUUUGGCUAUCUCUUUUUCUCCUUUUCCUCCCACGAAAGAUCCACCGGAUAGGGCCUCUGCGCGGCUGGUGUCUGCCUGACUGUGUGUAUCUCCUGCUGGCAGCCAGUCGUCGUGCGGAAAGUUAGAGAAAUUUUUGUUAGCGUGAACUCGGUCUUCUCCUUGGUAUGUCUAUUAUUCAAUGCAGCAGGCUGGGCUUUAUGCGAACGAAAAGAUCGUUGUUGUCACCCAAGUGCGUUGCCUUCAUCCGUUGCUGCGUGCUCAACCACGCGUCUACAUACCUCUAUAAUCAAGCUACAGGUACAUGUAUCUACAUCAACAAGCCGUGAUACUGAUGUAACAUCAGUGAUGUUGCAGCAUCCCGACCUUCAGGUUACGUACUGCGGUCCUGCACGCACUCAUAGACUCUACAGUGUAGACGACCACUAGGAUGGCGCAGUUAGUCGGCCGAUGAAAUAGUGCUUACCGCUAGUUGUAAGUUUUCCUCGCUUGAACAC